AGCGUGAAUAAAAAAACCUGAAUUUCGUUGAACAAAUCCUGUCAUCAAUUAGCAUGAGCUAGCUGCUGAUGUUGUCGUGUUGGAUUCAUGCUGGUUGGUGACUUGGUGAUCGGAAUCGUCGACUUUAUAUUUUCUCCCCAAAGAACAAAGGCACACGCUAAAACCACAAAAACCAAAUCAUUUGUUUUGGAAAAACAUGACAUAUGUUUCUCUGCCCAAUGAUCUUCUUAUAGAGAUCUUGUCUCGAGUUCCAGGCAAAACCUUAGCAAGAUUUCGAUCAGUCUCAAAGCAAUUUAAGUCUCUCAUCUCUGAUCAUUGCUUCCUUCGCCUCCACCACAACCGUUUACGUGAUUCUCUUUUUGUCAUAUCCAUCCACGAACCUUUACCAAAUUCCCAUAAUGAUUUCUACGCACUCUUACAUAAGCGAAGCGAUACAUAUAGUAAAAGAUACAAUUUCAUUGUGACCAACAAGGCAAAUGGCAUCGUCCAUGCUUUCACGGUAAUGUUUGGUUGCCGUAACUUCAGAAUGUUAAGCUCUUACCACAAGCUCUUAUGCUUUGUUUGUAAUUCUGGGAUCUAUCUUUGCGACCCCAUGAACAAGGACUUGAAGUAUUUACACGAUUCUCCUUGGUCGCCAUUAUGUUUCAACAGAUCGGAAGAGUGUCUCGUCUCCUUUGGAUUUGUUGAGGCCACGAUGCAGUACAAAGUCGUCAAGUGGCCUCACGACUUGGAUGAAAGCCGUAGAAGGAGGUUACCAAAUGGACUCAUCACGACUUGGAAGAAAUUCAAUAAACUCGAGUUUGAGGUCUUGAAUAUCGAUAUUGUAGGAAAUGGCGGUCUUAAAGUAUCCCCUUGGAGAAGGCAUCAUAGUCCAUGUUCCUAUCUUCUACAACUAUCUUCUCAGGUUUACGUCAAUGGAUUUAUCUACUGGACCACUAGUGAUUUUCAGAUCGUAUCAUUCUCUCUACAAGACGAGACUUUCUCAACGGUAAACCCUAAACCCCCUUGCUUCUGCCUUGAUAUCCAAGGAUCCAAAGAAACUCGUUUUUUCACGUUAUCUGGAAGCCGCGGAAACUUAUGGAUGAUAGAUAAUGAUGUCACGUCUCAAACCAUGGAGAUUUGGAUGAUGGAUGAAAGUAGAGACGGUGGCUGGGCCAAGAUUCAUAAGAUCGACCUCGGUGGAACCCAUUCAAACGGAAACGAUGGUAGAGUGCAUAUGUUAGAUAUUCGAUCAGACCGAGUUUUGUUCAAGCUAUCGUCGACGUGGUCCACAUGGCCAUUGUUUUGCUAUAACGCCAAGUCAAGCACCCUAGUAAACUGCGGGAGAGUGUUUAGAGAAUAUCAGCUAUGUCACUCCACCGAUGGACUCUUGUCUCUACACAACCUUGAUACGUAUUGAUUCUUUUCCACAUUUCUCUUUUCCUUUGGUGCCUUUCUAGGGUACACAAUCCCUUAUCAGAUUAAUUCAGCAAAAACGUUGAAAUCUUUUCUUUGGAAAAAAUCUGAUGUUUUUUAAUUGUUUAGCUCGAGAAGUUUGUGGGAGAUUUGGAUUUGUGGUCUUGUAAUAUGAUUUUCACUCUACACUUCUCACGUUUAUGUAUCUUUAUUCGUCAUAAACGGAUACGAGACACAUUGGAGCCAUUUGAUCCUCAAGAAUCAAAUCGAACGGUUAAA